GCUGGGGCGACCAGACCAUCGUGAGUUAUGUUUGAGGGCAUCAGACAACUACAAGCAGUGAUGGUUUCGAUUUCUCGGCAUCAGAACCACUCGAAGCCUUAGGAUGAGAAGCUAUCUCAGUAGCUGUCUUGGCAAAGGAUCAGGGUUCACCUCGUUCGGUACUUUUUGCAUUUGUGGCUUAUUAUUUUUUGUUUUCUUUGUUCUUUGUCCUGGCUUGUGUGGGCUUAUGCAAAACCAAGGCCGAAUAAUAUCGAAUAAUAGUAAACCUCCUGCCAGGCCCACGUGGGGCGGCCAACGCCAGUCGGAAGCCGGCAAGCGAGUCAGAAAGUGGCUCCGGGUUUCAUCCUCGGCCAUGGAAGCAAAACGCGAGAAGCCGAGCUGGUACUUUUACUUGUGCUACUUUGCUUUGCUUCAUAGGUCGGGUAUCCCCGGGCCUGUCCCUGGUUCCAAACUUUUUUUUGCUUCGUAUCUUUACUUGGUUCCUGGCGUUGAUCCUCGUAUCUGGCCACGAGUGAGGAAGAAUAACAUUGACAACAAACUUUGUAAGCAUUAUGUCGGAAAGCUACGUUUCCGUGUUAUUCUUGGCUGGUGGUGGCGAUAAAACUGGGCGCCUGUAAAAAUUCUCCGCCUCCGGCCACGUUUCUGGGUGGCACUCAUGGUGGCACUUGUUGUGCGCUAUCGCAGGCACCAACGAUGAUGGUUUCUAAAUAGCUCCUCAGCUCCU